GCAGCAGCCCGGUGGCCGCCAUUUCCUCCGCUCCGGACGGAGCCCCGGCCCCUCCAUGCUGAUGUGUGUCCCCAUCCGCGAGGAGCAUGUUCCCUAACUCCCCCGGCCGCCCCCCGCUGCCGCACUCCGGGUACAGCCCCAGCCAGCUGCUGCAGGCCCAGCUCAGCUUCCACAAACAUGUCAGCACCAAGUGAGUACUACCUCUCCCAGCAUGCACCGCCCGCCAGGGGACUGCCACUCCCAGCAUGCACCGCCCGCCAGGGGACUGCCACUCCCAGCAUGCACCGCCCGCCAGGGGACUGCCACUCCCAGCAUGCACCGCCAGGGGACUGCCACUCCCAGCAUGCACCGCGGGAGAGAGAGGGCCAGGGGACUGCCACUCCCAGCAUGCACCGCCCGCCAGGGGACUGCCACUCCCAGCAUGCACCGCCCGCCAGGGGACUGCCACUCCCAGCAUGCACCGCCCGCCAGGGACUGCCACUCCCAGCAUGCACCGCCCGCCAGGGGACUGCCACUCCCAGCAUGCACCGCCCGCCAGGGGACUGCACAGGGGACUGCCACUCCCAGCAUGCACCGCCCGCCAGGGGACUGCCACUCCAGCAUGCACCGCGGGGGCCAGGGGACUGCCGCUCCCAGCAUGCACCGCCCGCCAGGGGACUGCCACUCAGCAUGCACCGCCCGCCGGGGGCUGCAUCCCGCAUGCACCGCCCGCCAGGGGACUGCCACUCCCAGCAUGCACCGCCCGCCAGGGGACUGCCACUCCCAGCAUGCACCGCCCGCCAGAGCAUGCACCGCGGGACCAGGGGACUGCCACUCCCAGCAUGCACCGCCCGCCAGGGGACUGCCACUCCAGCAUGCACCGCGGGAGAGAGGGCCAGGGGACUGCCACUCCAGCAUGCACCGCGGGAGAGAGAGGGCCAGGGGACUGCCACUCCCAGCAUGCACCGCGGGAGAGAGAGGGCCAGGGGACUGCCACUCCCAGCAUGCACCGCGGGAGAGAGGGCCAGGGGACUGCCACUCCCAGCAUGCACCGCGGGAGAGAGAGGGCCAGGGGACUGCCACUCCCAGCAUGCACCGCGGGAGAGAGGGCCAGGGGACUAGCGCCCCCAGCAUGCACCGCGGGAGAGAGAGGGCCAGGGGACUGCCACUCCCAGCAUUCACUGCCCGCCAGGGCACCAUGGGAGUGAUAGUCUAAUGGCAGUGAGUGUGAACUACCACUCCCAGCUUGCACCGCCCACCAUGGGAGUUAUAGUCUAAUGGGAGAGAGUGUUAACUACCACUCCCAGCAUGCACUUCCUGCCACAGCAUCAUGGGAGUUAUAGUCCAAUUGCAUGGUGUGAGCUACCAUUCCCUGCAUGCAAUGCCUGCCACAGCAUCAUGGAAGUUGUAGUCCAAUGGCAGAGUGGCUGCUAACCAUGGGCACUGCAAGCUUUGUGUGGACUACAUCUCCCAUCAUCCUCUGCUAUAUCUCUGUCUGAUACCCAUGAGGAAUGUCAUGCAAAUUGGAGGAAUGGAGCUGCUGGGGAGCUUCCUAUAAUAUAACGUAAUGCAAGCCUGGACUAAUUUGCUCGGAAUCUAGGAGCCAGCUAAAUAGUGAGGAGCCAGGUUUUUCAAUGACAAAAAUGUGAUUCUUAAAGGGACACUAUAGUCACCAGAGUGACUUCAUAUUCUGGGUCCUGGCAGCACUGCGGGGUGCGCAAGGGAGAUGAUUGUCUCCCUCUGCGCACUCAGUGAGCCGCCUGCCUGGCUCAGCUGUCCAUGAGGGGAUUUUAAUAGAACUCCCGGGCGCCCACCUGGGCUCCCUCCACUCUCCACUACCUCUCCUGUAAUAUUAUAUUACGCCCUGUCCUCUCCUGUAAUAUAAUAUGAAGUUUGACUCCCACUAAUGACACAGGACAUUCUCACUCUUAGCGUAAUAAUUUUUUUUUUUUUUUUUUUUUAACCCUUUAUAACUCUUUAUCUGCUAGAGGGGGGCUCUAAGGGCACUAUACUGUUAGGAAUCCAGAUUUGGAGUUCAUUUAACCCUGUGUAUUGGUCUUUUGUAGCUCUUAUAUCGUGUUUCCUUUCUUAAUUAGCAAACGUCCAAUUAUUGUACACAUCCUGGAAAACCCAACAUCCUAAUUUUGUUAUAUAUAGAUGAUGUGAUGUUUUUUUAAGGAUUUUUAGUGUACAAUUCGAUAACUGUUGUGGUGCCUAGUUUGUUAUCUAAGGACACAAUCAGUGAUUGAUUUAUUUCAUUUUGCUAAAAUUGUAUCUAUACCGUGUCCUCACUGAGAAUUGUCCAACCUGCUGAAAACUAUCUUCUUUUAUGGUGCUCAGUGCUUUUAGGCAUCUUUUUUUUGAGAAAUGGCUAUUGCUUGUAUAGCCCAGGCAUAUAUCACUCCUGCUUACAAGCCAAGUCUGUGGAUACUGGCCCAGUGCGUGUUUUAUAUACUCCUGUUAGAUUUUCUUGCCAUUGGUCAACGAGCAAUGAUACAAUGACAUAUUUGUAAAAGGUUCAGUAUUUCAGAAAAUAAGAAAUGGUUAAAUUGUGGUCUUUGCCUAGGUCCAGUGAUGAUGGAAUUAAAGUUUCUGACAGUGUACCUGCAAUAAAUGAAAGUUGUCCUGCCAUUUGGUGAGCAGUGUAACUUAACCCGAUGUAUUUAUAUUGUGCACAUAAUGUUGGUGCUGUCAUAUAAAAUAGUGUUCAGGCCACAGGUGCUGGUUUUCACCACCAUCGUUGUUGAUCUGUCUUGUCUUUGUGGGGCAUGUAGGUCUGUCCUUGUUAAUUUCAUGCUUGUUUCAUCUCUUCUCUAACACUUGAACUUUCUCAGUCUUUCUAGAAUGCUCAUGAAUGGGAAUAUUUUGCCACCAAUGUCAUCACAACCAUGGUCUUAUGGAAAUCACAACCCUAUGGUCAGUCCUGGCUCUUCAUCUUCCACGUUCCAGAACCGGAAGUAAGUUUUCUUUUUAUUGUGGAGUAUGCUGCCUAUUGUGAAAUAUUUGACUUAAAGUUGAUCUGUCACCCUCCACAAACCACUCAUGCUCUUUUUAGAGAGAACAUGGAAUUUAAUCUAUACAUUGUGCUAGCAGCUUUUCUAUAGGUUGGGAGAGAAAAAGAGAGUGAAUACGUUUUUUUUUUUUUUUGUUUUUUUUUUCUCCUACCUGUAACUUAAUUCUUCAGCAUAGACACUAUGCUGAUAAAUUGAUUGACAGGAAGAGAAGGGACCUAGCUUUUCUCUCCAUUCGUACCAAGUACAGCGCAUGCACUGAGUUUACUAUGUAAGCUCCCUAGCCAGAGCUGCUAGCACUGACUGGCGAGUAUGGGAAUGGAGUGGCUGACCUCUAUCUGCUCAGACGCCAGCAUGCUGUAGACAAGCUAGUGUGUUGACGUCCUAAAGGAGGUGUGCACUACUUGAGGAAACUUCCCAAAGCCUGGCCAAUCAAUAUCGACAGUAAUAGGUGUGUCGGUGGACUGAAGGUGAGUGAUUCAUAAGUGUAACCGCUGUAAGUAGAUCGAGGCUGGCAGAUUUCAUUUAAGUUUACUAACCUGUUGAAUACAGUACUUAAAGGGACAAUCCAAACCCUUAAAGCACACAGGCUUGCUGAAGUGCUUUGUGUGUGAAGAUUGUGUCCCCCUGUCCUAUAUGUUUUCAUAUAGGCUGUGUAGAUCUCGGUAAGCCUAUGUCGUGUAUAGAGUUUCUAUUCUCUAGUGUUUAAAAUGUGAGUACUCCUACAUGGAAUCCAUUGCCAUACAGUAAGCUACCUUAGCUUCUAUCACUUAAUGGGUUCUCUAUGAUCAUGUUAAGGAUGGACUUCUCUCUAUUGAGGGGUUGGAUAUUUUCUAUUUCAUGAUCUGCACAUAAUGCAUUUGUCUGGAUGAAGUAAAAUUUGGUUCCAAAAUGCGUGGAUAAAUCUUGUCAGCAGAUUGCAUCCACUGUUAAGUCGUGCCUGUAUUUUGGAUAUUUUGAGCCUUUUAAAGUCCAGUUCGCUUCUUGUGUUUUCAAUGAAGUAUUUUGGGAUAGGCUGUUCUUCCUGAAUUUAACAGUAGUCAGCGCACAUCCAUAUGUGCCAGUGUUAUUUUACUGAACCACAUUAACGCAGCGGUGGGCUGCAUGAUGUUUAAUAGACAAGGCAUUGUGACAAGAAUGCAAAUUAAACUACAGUCCAAAUAUGUGUACCGUUUAACGUGUUCUACUAUAGAUAAAACUGAAUAAGGGAACUUUUAGUGGCAUUUGUACCUGGGAGCAUUUCGAAAUAAAAUUUCCCCGAGACCUUGUAGAGAGCUUUUUCAAUAUUUCCUGUUCCACAUCAAGGCUGGAGGCUCAGCAGAAUUGCUGAUUUGGCAGGAUAUGGGAUGUAGGGCUGUCUCCAUGGCAGGUAGAGUUGGGUGUGAGCUACGACGCUUGCUGUAAACACCUUUUGCUUUAUAUGUCCCACAACACACCUUGUAUUCACCCAUUUAAUUUAAGUGUUGAUAGAGGGAGUGUACAAAACGCUGUAGUGGUUAUGGUACUUGGAGUGUACUUUGAAGAUAAUUUUUAUAAAAUGCUACGUAUUAUGAUGGAGCUUUAUAUAUGCCAGUAGCUUUGUUAGACUAUACCAUUCAUUUUACUGGUAAAAUGUUCCAAAGUGUCUGGUGUCUCCUUGGAGAGUGUAUUUGUGGAGCAAAGCCUGGUCUCUGGUGGAAUCUCCGUAGCUUUAGAAAAACAUUGCAAAAUCCUGAGCAAAGUGUCAGAGCUGUGUGGAAACAGUUUCCUCUGUGUAAAACUGACCGAUUGUUUGUUUUAGUUAUUUUUACCUAUACAAGAGCUAAAUACAAAAACCAAACCAAACACAGGAGUCGUAGUCUAAAACAUGAUUGUGAAACCUGCGUAUUUAGCUCAAUGUACAUUAAAGGCGCACUAUAGUGUCUCUUUCUCCCACGCCACACCGGUCUGGAAGUGGCUCGGUCCGCCUCCCAUAGGAAAGCAUUGGGGGGAUUCUGCACAUGUGCUGCACCAAUCAGCAUCUUCUCAUAGAGAUGCAUUGAAUCAAUGGAUCUAUAUGGAAAUUUUCAGCGCCUCCAUGCAGAGCGUGAAGACACAGAAUGCGAGUGAGCACCUCUAGUGGCCCUCUGAGUGACUGCUACUAGAGGUGUCACUAGCAAGCAAUGUAAACCCUGCUUUUUCUCUGAAAAGGCAGUGUUUACAUUGAAAAGCCUGUAGGGACACACUAUACAUACCAGAACCACUACAUUAAAGGUAUAGUGGGUCUGGUGACUAUAGUGUCCCUUUUUGAUGAAAGUCUUUAACUUUGAAAUCGAGAGGAGAGCAAUGGAGGAUCGACUAAACGUUCAAACAGUACAAAUAGACAAACUAGUCUGAGGAUGCUGGUGCCAAUGGUGGAUUAUAAAGAAUGAGACAUUGUAGUCACUAGAGUCACAGGCUUCAGAGUCAAGUAAUCUGGCAACGGCUGUCUGAUGGCUUGAGGGUAUGUCUGUGAGAGAAUUUUAAAUGACAUACUACAGAAAUGUGUCAAAAACGCUAAUAUGCUGCUUUGGGGAAAGGCUUUUUUUUUCUUCAUUUUAUUUGAAUAUAUAAAGGACACUAGGCACUAUAACCAUUUAAUCUCAUUGAAUUGGAUACAGUGCUUGGCAUCCCCUGACACUGUCUCGCUAUUCAAUGUUAAACUAUUUUUAUGCAGUUUAACCUUCGGUCAGGCACAAUGUGAGUAAGAACAGGAUCGGGCGCAUUGUGCCUAAUAGGCCACUUUUACAAAACAAACUUUUUACUCAAAUAAAAGCAUGUUUAUUAUUCCAUUUGCUCUACAACAUUGGCGAAAGCAAUUUCUGAGCAUUUAUUACAAUAAAAAGUAGCAUGUUAUAUACAUAAUGAAUGUUUACACUUGGUAGGACAAAAAACAAACAUUGGCUGUGCCUGUUGGAUCAGUUGCGCCUGACCGAGGGUUAAUACCGAUUAAGGAUCCUUGACAGCCCGGACCCCCACUUGAUGUAUGACAAAGCAGAGAUCACACACUACCUUCUAAAGCCAUGCUGAUGCAUAGCUGCAAUGUAAGCUGUGAUAGGCUGAUUGUGGUCAGCUGACACUCACACAAUCACUGCUGUCCAUUGCUGCCCACGCUAAUACUUCCUCAUUAGACAAAGCAGCACAGAGGGCAUGAGGGAGUGGGACUCUCGUUUAGCAUUAAAAACGUUUAACACUGAAUGAAAGGAAUGGCGCAAAGGGACUACAGAAACUAUAACCACUUUAGUGAGAUGCCGCAAUUACAGGGCCUUCAGUGUCCUUUUAAUACUUUACUUGUAAGCAGACAACCGGAACAAUCAUGGAGAUAAAAAUGCCUAUUUAAAAAAAUUAAUAAAUAAAAAAUUAACAAUGAAAAUCAGUAAAAACAUUACCCUAUAUUUGAAGGCACUUAUUACAUAAGAUAAAAUAGACUUGAAUUAUUUAUUUAUUCAAAACACAAUCUCCAUCUAACUUUACUGUGUGAACUGCUUGGCUGCUUGGGGAGAAACCUUGCAGUUUUAGCGUCCGCCUGGGACCCCUUUAAUUGUCUCUGAAAAGCCUUCUGGCUCUGAGAUAUUUUUACAUUCACAAUAGAAGGUUGAGAGACCUUAUUAUUUACAAAUCCCUUUAGGACCCUGGUAAGUCAAAUCCCUUGUUGCUGUCGUCAGUUCUAACUUGUCAGUGUUUCUGAACGGGAACAAAUGUUUAGGGUUUUCGUAACAGAAUCUUGUAAUACCUAUUUAUUCAGAAUGACAAGCUUUCGGGAGAAUCUCCCUUUCUCAAGUCUAAAGCAUGCAUCAGAAAUGCAUCUACAAUCUAUACUCUAACACGAUAUUAUUUUUGUACAGUGGUUAUUAACGUGCUAUAUAUUUUACAUAUUCUACACGCAUUAUGUAUGUUACACACAACUUAAAAUGUGACUUAUUUUCUGUGCUUGGCAUGUUGGACCUUCUUGGUUCUAAGUGCAGUAUGUUUGAUGACUGCCAGUAACAAGCUUAUCUGAAUACAAUUCAAAGACGUGCACAGUGAAUACAGGUUCUUUUUUGCCCAGAUUACCAUUUUUACUUCUACAGAUUCUCCAUAUUGAAUCAUUAUUACGGUAAGCUUUUGGAACCAGUUUUAUUUAUUUUUUAUUAAAUAUUUUUAUUCACAGAAAUGUUUCAGUUUGUGCACUUUUCUUUAUUAAAUUUUCCAGCUAAUAUUUCCAUUAUUAAGUAGUCGUUUGAAUAAUUGUUUUUAGCAGUUCUAGGUUUUGAAAGGUUUGUGUUGAGAUCCUGGAAGCGAGUUGCUGUCCCGUUUUCCAGAGCACUUUGUAUCAUUCCUUCUCUAGAGUCACUGCUUGUUGCUGCUAUAUAUUUAUUGCUGGGUGGUGGAGCUCCUAAUGUCACAGAUUGGAAAGAAGGUGUCCAUUUUGUUUUUAGGAGGAGAAGCGAUGAGGGAAAUAAUGUUUAUGACAUCAAGAGACAGCGUUUUCAUACACCUCAGCUAUCUUCGCCUGCAAUUCACCAAUCCGUGCCUUUAAGAGAUGAACUCAGAAGAUCUUUCCCAGGGUCUAUUGCAUUACCGCUGCUGCAGUCUCCUGCUCCUGAGAUAAAUGGAUGUGCUUCAUCUUCCAGAGACUCGUGGCUGUUUGACCAUGUUGAGCUUACUUUACCAAUUGCUAAGGAGAAGGUAAGUUCUUAAAUAGCUUGAAAGCUUUAGUCUAAGCACCUUGACCAUUCCAUGCUGUUGUAUUAAUUAUGGUACCGGUAAGGAGUUGGCACAUUAGCACGCUCAGCCUGUCAGUGGCAUCCAAUAAACUUUCUAAUGCUAAUAACAUUAUCAUGAGCUAAACAAACCAGGAAGAUGGCUGACUGACAACCAGGGGGAGAGGGGUUUAACAAGGUUUAUUUAUGAAUCUGACAAUCUCUGUGGAAAUCUGCACUUUUUGUAAAAUUUAAAAAGCGGGAUCACACUCUUCACACAUAAAGCACUUCAGCGAGGUGUUUGGAGUGAUUGUUAAAGUGUAACUUCUCAUUAGUAAUAAGGAAAGUGGCCAGGCUUGUGGGUGCCUUGGGUAUCUCCACGUUGGUCAAACCACUCAAAUGGGGAUGUGCUGUGAGCCUUCUAUAAUGGCCUUUAAUGGUUAUGGCGCCCAAACUGCAUUACUUCCUUGUAAUUUAUUUGUGAUGAAGGCUUUUGUACCGACCUGUUGCAUGUGAAAAGCUGCCUUGAUUUGUAGACGUUGGAUUUUUGCGAUAACACUCUAUAGAUGCCAAUUUUUUCUGUAUUGAGUGUCAUAAUGAAGACAUCCAUUGAACACAAAGAUUGGGAAACUGAGCGAGAGUUGAAUCUGCUGAGCUGUGAUCAUAUGUUAAUUUGGAAAUAAUCUCCUUGAUUUUGUUAAAAUGUGACUAUUGUUGCAACUCUGAAAUUAAUUUCUCAUUGGAAAAACAGCCCACGUACGUUUUAAUUAUAGCCUUCGAUAUUAUGUUCCAAAAAAAUCCAGACUUUUUUUUUUUUUUUUAAAACAUCUAUUUGGGUAGAGUUCCACAUUUUUAUUGUAAAGAGCCAUUAACAUUGCUGUAAGAGAAACUACUUUUUGUCCAGUCUCAAUAGGUCUGUUGUAAAUGACCCGUUUAAACAUCUUUACAGUCUGUAUUGACCCAGUAACAAUUCAAAUACAGUAAAACAUUGUGCAACUUUCAGUUCUAGAAAUUUGGAACUGCAUGUUUCCAUCAGAUCUAGUUACUAAUGUGUGAUCUAAAGUCAUGUUGAGGACAUGUUGCAGUUGAGAGGAGCACGUGUUCAUAAAACUGUACAGAGGGGAAUCACACAUAUCGACCUAGAUCCACAGACAGGGCUUCAGCGACAACAAUGGCACACUUCCUGGAGUAGAUCAUUCCAAGAAGAGUCUGGGCACACACAGUGGAACCAAGCAGCCUGCUAUAGGAAUUCGUAAAAACCCAAUGUUUCAAUGUCCGUAAAGUCCAAAUGUAGUCUUUUUGGGUUGUUCCUGUUCUAGGCUGAUAGAUUCUUUGUGUGCAGUGACUCUUCUUAGAACUGCAUAUUACAAAGUAAGGCUGGAUCUUUCUUUAAAUAAAUAAUAAUAAAAAAAUAUAUAUAUAUAAACAUUUUCCCUAAUUGCAUACCUUGGGUUAUUUUUUAAGUAAAAUUAGUAACUGUAAUCCAAUGUGUGCGAAAGUGUGCCCCUAACACUUUAAUAAUCCACAGACUAUAACAAACUGUAACCUAACCUACACAGUGCAUCUAACGUGUGUGGGAGCCUGGAGUGUCCCUUUAAUAAUAUAAACCCACCCAGUAUAACUGUAACCUAACCUACACAGUGCAUCUAACGUGUGUGGGAGCCUGGUGUGACCCAUUUAUUUUUGUCUUUGUGUCUGUAUUUAUUUUCUCUUGAAAAUGGGACACGGUCUGUUCAUGCCCUUUUAGAACUAGAAAUGCAUUUGGUGACCAUCUCUCAUUAUUAAUAUACUUUAUUUGAGAUUAAUUGUAAAUAUCUAUACACAAUCUCUGAAUUUUUGGUUUUAUUUAUUUUGUGAUUGUAUUACAGUUGAGCCAGCAGAUAUUGGACUUGUUCCAGGCAUGUCAGCAGCAGAUAAGCGACUUGAAGAAGAAAGAUGUUUGUCGAGCAGAACUCCAGAGGGAAAUUCAGCAAAUCUUCCCCCGUAAGUGCUGCUUUCAUGGCGUGUGGUUUAAUACUGUGUCUCGUUUCUUCCCUAUCCUAAUGAACGCUUUCUUUUUGUCCAGAGAGCAGGCUUUACCUAGUGGGCUCUUCCCUGAAUGGAUUUGGCACAAGGAGCAGUGAUGCUGAUCUGUGCUUGGUUAUGAAAGAGGAGCCGGUAAGUAACGUUACCUACCGCAGCUGCCUGAAUUAUGUUAAAGUAAUGGAAUAUGUUGCACAAAAAAAAUCUUUUACAUAUGUACACCCAUGUGUAUAUAACAAAAAUAUACAAUAUUGUUUAUGAAUACGGAACAGAAUAGAGUACUUUCGGACCCAAAAUAGCAGUUAAUUCGGUUUAAAAAAAAAAUUUGCACUCCUACAAUCCAAAUUUUGGUGUGGGUGCUUGAAGGAAGGAUUUCUGUUCAACCAGACCACACUGAAUAUAGGAAUGCGCAAAAUCCUCAGCAUGCCGGCAAAGUGAAAGGCAGCGUUUCGACACGUAUAAUGUAUAUGAAUGUAUUGGUACUCCCAGAGCGCCAGGAUUUCAUCUUGUAUCACCAGACACACUGUUACUGUUUGGGUUUUUCUUCCCCACGUUAUGAGGACUUAUGGCUCCAUUGUAGAGUUUCUAAUGUUAAAUGAGUAUAGCAGUUAGUGCUCUGGAAUACAAUAAAUCUAGUAUUGAAAUGCUCCUUUCUUUUUUUUUUUUUUUUCUUUUUUUUUUAUCUCACAAUGUCACCAUGGUACCACUCAAAGUUGAGGUAUAGUUUAAAAGAUCUGUCCUGGCAGCCUUGUGCAGAGUAUUUGAAGCUGUGAAAAUGACUUUUUAUGUAAUUGUAUGUAUUGCACCUUUUUAUACCAUUUUUGCUUCUCUAGAUAGCGAUGUGAUGUUUAUUUAAUCACAGACAGGGUAUGGGUGAGACAAAACUGUCAUCUAACUGUAACAUCACUUUGUGUCAGUUUCUGAAGCAUUAAAUAUAAUCGGCAGAAUUACUGCAAACAGUACAGACUGAAGCUAUACCUCAUUGAACUGUUAGAAUUACCCUCGCUAACCAUGAUUUUUGUCAAAAAAGAUUGGAUUUGUGUUACCUUUGUAGAGCUUCAGAGGGGGAAUUGUAUUUUUAAAGGUCCCUCUGCUGUGCUCCUUCCACAGUAAUUGCUUCUGUAGUGUUUACUGGGAUUAUAACUUGAGAAACUAUAAUAGCGAAGUUACACAGGCUCUUUAAACUUACAGGUUUUUGGGUUUUUAUAAUUCUUAUUUAAAUUCAGGCAAACACAUACAUUAACAAAAUGUGCAUCAGAACCUGCCUGUACAUACCUGAACCCUUUUCGAAAUAGAAACCGCCAGGUAAGAAUACUAGGGAUCAGCUGAAGGGUGGCUGGGGGAGGGGAGUCAUAGUAUUAGUAUUACUUUAGUGCUUGGAGAAGAGGAUUAAUAUUACUUUAGUGCUUGGAGAAGAGGAAAAACAAAGCUGCUUACUUUGCACAAUUUUACAUCCCUGCAGGUCAAUCAGAAAACCGAAGCAAGGCAUAUACUCAGCUUACUCCAAAAACACUUCUACACCAGACUUUGUAAGCACUUGUCGCUUGAAAAUGAUCAUGUACAUGUUGUGAAAUGAUUUCCUAUUUUGGCAUAUUUGCAACUGUACCCUGUGCUUUUGAGUUUAGUUUUUGAUGUUAAUAUUACCCAUGCUUCUUUCCCUUUUAAGGUAUAAAUUCUGGGCUCCCCGCAAGAACCCCUGUAAUCACAAGAAUACUGCAAAAAUAGAUUUAGUAAAAAAAUGGGAGGGAAGUCUGUACCACUAACCCCACAAAAUCUCAGCUAAAAAAACUUCUAAUAAAUCUUCUCUUUAUAUAUGCUCAUAUUUGACUGUGUGUCAGGGCUUGAAGUAUGAGUGAGGUUACAAAAAGCAUUGGCCAUGGAUACAAAAUGUCUUUCAUAUUGUAAUGUGUAGUCUCUUAUUGAUAACGGUGUAGCUUUAGCUCUGACAUCCAAAGUAGUAGUAACAGAGGGAGCAUUGUUAGUGUUAAUUACAUAAAACUUACUGGAAAUAACUUUUCUUUAAGUGAAUAAUAGAAUGAUGGAUAAUGUUUUUGUGUUUCGGCAGCAGUCUACGACCGUUGCAGGUUUUCUAUAAUCCAUUGUUUUGAUUCACAGCAUAUAUAGAGAGACCUCAGCUAAUCCGAGCUAAAGUGCCAAUUGUGAAGUUCAGGGAUAAAGUCAGGUAAACUUGUAAUUGUAUUUAUUCUGUUAUUUUUCUUUCUGCUCUGUGUGAUGUCUGUGUGUAAUAUUCUUGUUAGAGAAUCCUGAUGUAACGCUGGAUAACAAUUCCCACAGGCACAAUAUCACUGAUGUUGCAUAACCCCCCACACAUGAGCCAAGGCUUAAUGCUGGGAGAAGACAGUUUAUUGGCAGUACAGGCAUCAAACUUAUACAGUCAGUAAACUCCUACUCUGUGCCUGAGAGAUAGUUGAGUCAGGAACUGUACUAAACUCAAUUAUCUUCAGGCACAGAAAAACAUAAAAUUCAACAGCACCCCAAGAGUACCUCAACAUACAUGGGAACCCCACAAAAGUCACAUCCCUCGAUAGCCUGGAUCUGGGUGAACCAUAUAUCCAAAAUUCACUCAGAUUCGUUCAGUAGGUUUGGAUCGCCAUCGCAGGGAAGUUCUGACUGGACUGCCACCAGGUUCAAGCCCAAAAUAGUUCCAGGGAAAUUGUGGCAAAAGCCGGUCUCCGUUCGUGGAGUUCUGUACGAAAACCGCAUAAGAUAGACAGAAGCUGGUUUGUGUAGAAUGCUCCCCUUGUUCGGUAGUAUGUAAUUCCCAAACGCCGUUCGUGUAGAUGUCAAGGGAACGGGCAGCAGGUCCAUGGUGUUCGGGAGAGUGCCUGGCCGAAAUGCGUUCCAGACACUCAAUGGUCAAGUCCCGCUGACUGCGUUCAGGUGACCAAAUGGCCAUCAUUGUCCCGACCACGUGCGUUCGUAUGCACGGAAUGGUGGCCACCCAGUGAAGCAUUCAAUUAAUUAGUUCCUUUCCGGUUUUUGUACAAGAUCCAUAACGUUCCACAUUCUAAUGGGUCUCUGGGGUGGUCUCGGUUCGGGAGCCAAACGAAAUAAACUAAAUAAAACUCCAUAAAAAUGCAAAGAGUCGAAAGUGAAGGGGAUAGUCCUUCACAGCGUUUAUACUGUGAGCACUUUAUUAUAAGGUUCAUGUAGCUCUGUGUAUGUUUAUAUGCUUGUUCUGCACAUUUACACUGUCUUUGUGUUCAUUUCAGUAGAUGAGUUAUAGAAAACAUGUUUGUGCAAUAAUCUUUGCUGUGCUUUUGGUUUAUUUUUCUUUUGGUAUUGCGGAGCUGCUAGGGGAACAGGUUUUUCUCAUUGAACACCCAACACCCUAAUAAAUACAUGCUUCACUUAACCCGCAUCAGUUGAGAAUAUAGGUGUGCAAAUAUUCUUCUAUAUUCCUUGUAAUGUAGCAAGUCUCAAUCUUGGUCUGUGUUUCAAUGUUGGGUUGUUGUGGAUUCAGUGGUUUUGAUUUAUGGGAUAAGGUUCCAGCUAUUGGCAGUAAUUGAUAGUCUUUCUUCUUUUUAGUGGUGUGGAGUUUGACUUGAAUGUAAACAAUGUUGUAGGGAUCAGAAAUACAUUCCUUCUCAGAACCUAUGCACACAGUAAGUUCCAUGCUUUCUUUUCAAGCUUCUCAUUGUUUUUUGUUUUCUUCCCAUCUGUGGUUUCUCCAUGAACUUAGUCAUUUUUAGCAAAUUUUCGAAAAAUGUCUUUUAGUGAUAAACGACGUGUAUAAGAAUAUAUGAUAUAUGGAUUAUGCAUUACAUUUAACCCCCCCUUCUCUCUUACAUUGCUAUUAACGGUCUCUACCCACACUACACUCGUAGCAUACAGCUCUGUUCUCUACCCACACUACACUCGUAGCAUACCGCUCUGUUCUCUACCCACUCUACACUCGUAGCAUACUGCUCUGUUCUCUACCCACUCUACAGACAGAAUGUGCACGAUAACGGCACCCCAAUGACAUCCACCGAUCUGAAACACUCCCUCCACAUAGCAUACUUACCCAUCCCCUCGUUACAUGAAUAAAGAACUUUGCACCUCCAUGACACCCAUAUCAUGUUACACUUUCUCUAUUAUUGUCUAUAUCUGAUUCCAAGAGGUUACUGUCCUGGUUCCUUAUAUCUAGGCUGUAGAAGAAUUGAGUAAUACUGCUUGCCAGACAUUUAUCUCUGACUUGGUCUCUAUAAAUCUCCUGUUCACUCUUUCUACAGUGGAGAACCGUGUCCGGCCUCUAGUACUGGUUGUUAAAAAGUGGGCAAGUCAUCAUGGGAUUAACGAUGCCAGUCGCGGGACUCUGAGCAGCUACAGUCUUGUUUUAAUGGUUUUGCACUAUUUACAAAGUAAGUUCUUCUUGUUACCAUCUGCACACUCCACACUUUCCCCAGUCCCUGAACAAAGGAUGGGAGUGAUUUGCUGCUUCCUCUGUCCCUUUAACAUCCUUCUAAAGAUGUGGCUGGAAAGCUAGCAGUGUCUCGGGUCUUGUGGGGGUUGAGCGUGAUGUAAAGCUUCUCUUUUCCCUGUGGGCAUGUUACUCACAGCUGCAACAGACUCUGCAGUGGAACAGUCAUUGUUGGUGAAGAAAGACACUGUUUCCAUGAUUAACCAUACAUAGGUGGCAAAAGGGCUUUGUUGCAAGCCAUUGAGAGAACAGAGUGGGCUCGAGUGAGGGGGAAGAAGUCUCUGCAGAGGUUUCUGCUACCUUGUAUGGCUGCAAAGUGAUACGUGUUUGCAGUAGUAUUGACAGCUCUUGGUAAUCACAUGGAUUUUGAAGCACUGGUAUCUUUUACAUAAACACACAAAAGGAACAUUUACUGAUCUGGAUUUUAACAUUCCCUGCCCUGCCUUCUUCCUGUUUUUAUACAUUGUGCUCUGAUUGGAGUGUGUAACUGUAUAUUACCAUACAAUGUAAAUUACUGUACAAUGCCUUUUCUUGGAAGGGGACCAACUGACUGCACAAUUAGGGGCUUGAAGUCUGUAUUUUUACAUUAUUUCCAUAUAGUUUAUUCUUACGAAGGGACAUAAGUGUUCAAUUAUAAAGUGGAAGAUUUUUAUGUUUUAUUACUUUCUCUUUCUCUCUUUUUCUCUCUCAUAUCUCUCAGGAGCACUCACAGGAUUUUUAGUGAAAAGGUGUAUUCAUAGAAACCCCAAAGAAAAUCAACAUUUUGAUCCUCCUGGAUUCUCUAUCAAGAUUUAGACCCCAGGAGGCAUUUUCACUAAAAACCCUGUGAGGGUUCCUUCUUUGACCUGUUAUACUUUUGCACUAGGAAGCACCCUGGUUAGUUCUGUUUAGUUUUUUUGGUGAGAGUGCCAGAGUUGGGACUUUUAUACUUUUUAUUUAUAUACUCAAUAUUUCCUUUUUUUUUAAAAUUUUUUAUUUUUUUAUUUUUUAUUUUAAAAUGUGCCUUUCUAACUGCACUUUUAUUUUAUGUCUAUAUAUAAACCUCACAAUACCCUGUGCCCUCUGCGUUGGCAGAGAAAGAUGGUUAUUUUUUAAUUCGGUUCUUUCUCUACCAGUGCAGAGGGCACCGUAUAUUCCGCGGUCAGUGUAUGUGGUGACUUCUCCCAUCCUUGACCAGUAGUUCUGGAAAGGGGACUCUAAGCUCAAUGCACACUAUAGCUUGUUGUAGUGGUUAUGGUACUGUGAGUCUCUAGGUGCUGGGAACUGUUUGACCCACAGCUCGGUCCUUCUGCAGCCAUUUGGAUAAAGCUGAAGUUACACGAACACCUCUGUUCAUAGCUGCCCACCCAGCUCCAUCGUCUUGGCUUCCAAGGUUUGAAUGUAUAAUGCCAAAUUAAAUUAAAGUGAAACCAAUUGUUUUAUGAAACCGGUUUAGAUUUAUCAGUUGGAAAAGUGAGAAAAGUUUGGCUGUACAUUUCUGAAUGGUUUUUCUUGGGCCUAAUGUUGAUGUGCGUGUCCAUGGCAGUUUUCUUGUAUUUUUGGUUCCUCCAUUAGUGAGAUUCAUGUAUCUGUCUUUUCACAUGUGAUUCCAUGGGGUCUCCCCUUCCUGUUUUACAGCCCGACCUGAACCCAUUCUUCCAUCUCUUCAAAAAAUCUACCCAGUAAGUAUUACUACUGUAAAACCCAAGGCAUUUAAAUGUCCCUUCAUUAUAACGUAAUACACAUAUUCUAAAUCCUUUCCCACAAAGUAUAAACUGAACACAGUGUAUAUGGAGUGUGUACAGCAGCUUUUACAUGCGAUAUAUAUUUUUUCAUAUACCCCGAAAGAGAACCUACAGGAAUAAAUACAUGUAUGUUAUCUUUGGUAUAUCAUGUUGGCAGUAAAAUAAAUCAAUAAAGUGUUCAUUUAACUUCUGAUGGGCAUGUACCCUAAUUGAUGUAAUUUUAACUUUUAUUUUUAAUGUGUAUUUAUCUGGAAUUGUGGGUAUGUCCUUGGCUGUUUCCAGUAGAAAUAAACCUUUUCAUGCUGCCAAUGCCUUGUACAUAUUGACCUUUUACUAACGUUUGGCCUCUUCAUUGUGCUCGUCUCAAUUUCCUAUUAAACACAGUGAAGCAUCUAAGCUUCUCGGUUUGAGAAUAUUCCCCAUUGAGGGUGCUAGAUGGCUAAAUUUGGAUUGUUCUAACUGUGCCAGUCACCGUGGAUGCCAAGGUCAUUCUAUGUAUAUAUGCCAUGAUAAUGUGACCCAGUACUAGUUAAAACUAGCGCUUAGGCAAGUGAAAUCCCCGAGUGACAUCCGUAUUGGAAGGUUUAUAUUUCCAGCUCCCGAAUGAGCCGUUUCAAACCUAACCAGUUUAUUUAUCAUUAGUGUAAUGUAAUAUUCUUCAAACCAGGUUCACUGAUACUUUGCUGAUGUAACAUCUUGGUUAUUUACUAGCAUAAUAUCUAUUUUAUCAGGGUGAUCUUCAAAAUACCAAUUUAUACAGAGUGUGGAAAUGUUACAAUAUUUUAGAUCAGGACCCUCCAUUCCUGCUGUAGUGAGUAACUUUUCUGACCUGGCUACUAGGAUUGUACUGGAAAUUUAAAGCCACUAAGAUGGUAAUUAAGUUAAAUUCGAUACAGUAAAUGCUGUCUCUGUGUUAUCUGUGUAUAAUAAAGCUUCAUUGACUGCAAAUUGUUGAAAACAUCCCUCUAAAUGCUUUAUUGUGAUUUUUUUUUUUUUUUUUUUUUUUUUUUUUUUUUUUUUUUUUUUUUCUCUAUCCUGAUAGGAUUGUUUUAAUCCUACUAUGCAGUUGCACCUUGUCCAUCAAGCUCCUCGCAAUGUUCCGCAGUACUUUUCCAAAAAUGGAGCAUCCCUUGGCGAACUUCUUGUGGGUUUCCUAAAAUAUUUUGCCAUUGAAUUUGAGUGAGUAAUGAACUAGAAGAACCGUCAUACCUCUCUAUACAACACUUCACUAAUACAGGGGUUCUAAUGCCGCUCUGUUAGUCAUAUGAUGAGUCGCCACUAUUUUAAGAUGAGCAGUACUUAUGGUGGCAGCAGCAUUAUUUUUAAUUGUAUGUAAUUCUGAUGUAGUCUAGUACUAUUGCACACUUAUAAAAGCCUUAUAUCAUGUUUUUUUAUGUACUCGCAAAUGAAAAAAACCUGUGAUUCGCUUUACGAAGGUGUUUUUAAACCUAACUUGACAUAUAAGCGAGAUAUUGCCUGUAUUGGAUGCGUUAAACUGAUUGUCUAAUGCAUGGUGUCGGUGGUGUUUCACAUGCAGAUGGUUUAACAGUACUGACAAUCUAACAUUGCCCCAGUGUUUCAUUUUGCUGGUUUUAUUUUAAGGUAAUUCUUCCUUUAGAAAUAUUUGUUCUUGUUAGUCACCUUGUGGUCAUGUGAUCACGGCUCUGGUUUUGUCUGUUGGUCGUUUGUCCAGACCCACAUUAGUUCUCGUAGGUCUCUACUCGCCUGGUGAAACUGCACACUUUGGGCAUUAAAUGUCAGAUUACUUUUUUCUCAGAUACAUUGCAUAGAUAUGUUUGUGAAUCUGUUUUUAUCCUGUGGUUUCAUGAUCAGAAUGACGGUUCUACAAAUAGCCUUUCAGCAUUUUGCAGAAAUGAAAGCUGGGCAGCCAUAUUCUGUGCAGGGCUCGGUGUGUGUCUGAGUGCAGUGUUGGGAAAAAGUUGGGGUGAAGGGGAAACAAUUAAGGGGGAAAAGUGGUAGAGAGAGACCACAACUAAACCAACAUCUCAUUUUAACUCUAAUGUAAUAAUUUAUUGUGUGUGUGAUUUAGAUUUAUCUCUGGUAAUGUGAAGUCUGAGAAAAUGUGCCUGGCCCCUAGAUUCUAGGGAAACUUGUCACACCAUGUUCUAAAUUUACAUUGGAUUGUUUUAACAUGUGAAAAUGUUCUGUAGACUCCUGUACUUGGUCCACACAUUGUGGCAUCAUCUGUCCUUGCGCUUUAGGUAUUAGUCAUCCAUGGUUAAAGGACCACUCCACACCCCAAAAGCACUUCAGUUUACUGUUACUAUGGUAAUAGAGAAAUAUAUAUAUAUUUUUAUUUUAGGUGGGGUAAAAGAACUGUUUCUGUACGUGAGGGUAAAGCUAUGGCACGGACAGACGGCAUUGAAUGGAGGAACAAAUAUAUCUGUGUGGAAGGUAAAAUACAUUCUGUAUCCAUUGUUUUACACACGUUAACACAUAUACAUGUGAUGUGGUCAGUGGGCACUCAGCAUCAUUAAUUCCGUUAAAUACCAGCAUUCUAACUGGUGAUCUCACACUCUGUGUCCCUAUACCCCCUCUGGAUUGUAAGCUUGCUUGGGCCGGGCCCCCCUUGCAUUCUGUGUCCCUAUACCCCCUCUGGAUUGUAAGCAUGCUCGGGUCAGGCCCUCCUUGCAUUCUGUGUCCCUAUACCUCUUCUGGAUUGUAAGCAUGCUCGGGUCAGGCCCUCCUUGCAUUCUGUUUCCCUAUACCCCCUCUGAAUUGUUAGCUUGCUUGAGUCAGACCCUCCUUGCAUUCUGUGUCCCUAUACCCCCUCUGGAUUGUUAGUAUGCUUGGGUCGGGCCCUCCUUGCAUUCUGUGUCCCUAUACCUUCUCUGGAUUGUUAGCUUGCUUGAGUCAGACCCUCCUUGCAUUCUGUGUCCCUAUACCUCCUCUGGAUUGUAAGCUUGCUUGGGUCGGGCCCUCCUUGCAUUCUGUGUCCCUAUACCCCCUCUGGGUUGUUAGUAUGCUUGGGCCGGGCCCCCCUUGCAUUCUGUGUCCCUAUACCUCCUCUGGAUUGUAAGCUUGCUUGGGUCGGGCCCUCCUUGCAUUCUGUGUCCCUAUACCUUCUCUGGAUUGUAAGCUUGCUUGGGUCGGGCCCUCCUUGCAUUCUGUGUCCCUAUACCGUCUCUGGAUUGUAAGCUUGCUUGGGUCAGGCCCUCCUUGCAUUCUAUUCAUGUUAAUACAUAUUUAUUUGCUGUAAAACUGUAAAGCUCUGUAGAAAAUGCGUGCACUAUAAUACUAACAAAAAUUGCAAUAAUGGUAUUUGGUUGAAGUCUUUUAUUCUUGGGGAAAAUUGUUGGGUACAAGUCUUGGGAAUUGUCUGGAGUUCAAAGUGAGUUUCACAUUUGAGACAACAGUAGCUGGAUUGGAAAAAAUCUUUGAAAUUUGAAUUUCUAAUGGUUCAUAAACCUGAUAGAUUCUUGUACUUGCUCUGCAUUUGGUAAUCCUUUAUACAUCUUACAGUUUUAUUGUAUAUUUACGUUGAGUAAUGCAAAUGAAGGAUAUUACCAAUAGACUGAUAAUAAGAAUUGGCUCUUUAGGCUGUAUUUAACAUUAUGAAGUUAAUUACUCCGUGUGUAUGCAGUCAUCUAGAAAUUGAGCAGUGCUUCUUAAAUCCUCGUAUUGGCCCUCCUUCAUAGGAGACUGUUACUGUGAACAAUAAAUACAACCGAGGGAUGUUAAAGGGUUAACCCUAGCAUCAUAGUCAAUACUUCCUGCUCUAGUAAAUAUGAUCUCAGGUGUUACGCUGGCCACGUUCAACAGUGAUGGGACAAACCGUUAUGUAAACUUUGCCAUUGAACCUGGGUCACCGCUGUGCGCUGACUGCCUUCCUGUGGCCAGUGACGAUGGAAGCCAGAAGUUGAUCCUACCAGCUAUUGGCUGAGCGUGUCAGCUGACUGCACAGAAUUGACAUUAGCUAGCCCAGAAUGUUUGAUCCGGGCUGCCUAAUGACACCCCAAUGACACAAAGGGUUUCAUUCCAUUUGUGUGUUUAAAGCAAACACCGCACAUACAGAUUGCAGGAAACAUGGCUGCUUCAAAUCACUAAUGUGAUAAGGAUGCUUGGAGUAACGCUUUAAAGAAACUAUCCAGACACCGUAACCUCUCCAUCUCUCUGGCUCACUCCAAGUGUAAGUAGUAAAACCGUUUUAGACUUUUUACCUUUAGUCCUCUGGCUUUUUCCUGCAUCAGCUGCAGAGCCCCAAUGGCAACUCUUAAGCUGGAGCUUCCAGCUGUCCUGGUAAGAGUAGCAAGGGCACUCCUGUCACCAUAACCACCACUGUGCACUGUAGUAGUUAUGGUGCUUGGAGUGAUCAUUUUAAGCUGCUCACAUGUGCUACCAGCAGCCAGAUAGAACACAGAAUUCAGUGAUGAUAAUGAUGCAAAGCUACUUGAAGUCCAGGUUAAACACCUGCUGAGUAGAUUGUUACCACCUUCAAUGUGUGUUACCAUCCUGUUCACAUCCUUAGCAGAUAAUGUAUUUAACUUAUCAGUGAUCUCUUCAGCUAUCUCACAUUGUGAGUCAGCCUGGUGUGGGAGAUGUGAAAUGUAAAUUUUAUAUAUAGAAGCAAAAGGGGAACUUGGCACUCAGCUGCUUCCUCGCAGGGAGAUGGGGGAAUAAAAGAUCUCUUACAAAUUUCCUUAUUUGGAGAAUAUUUACAUGUAUAUUUGUUGGUUCUCCAUGAAGCUGGUUUUAGUGUCUGUCUGCUAGGUAACAUCUCUCGUAGCUGCAUAACUUUUUUCUGAUGUUAAUAGAACACCUGGUGAGAUUUGUAGCUGUGUGUGUGCUAUUGACGCUUAUCUCGCAGGUGUUUUGUGAGCUACCGCUGACACACGUUUUAUGGAGAUCUGUUACGUUAUUAGUAACCCUAUCAAACCUAUGUGAUAAUUAUAGCAUUUGUGUGAUGAGCUAAGAAUUCGUUUCAGCCCACUGCAUAAGAAUCCAUGACCACUUCAUUUUAUACUGUUUGUAAGAAAAUCUAUUUUAUUUAGUUCAUGAUUAGAUUUCAAAUGUGUACCUGAUCUGUAAUAUCUGGGGGGGAGGGGUAUUUAUUUAUUUUUACAUUCUUUAUUUUUGGGGUGUAGUGAGAUGUACAUGCAUUAGUAAUGACAUAUAGCAUGAGUUAAUAACAAUCCGUGAGCAUUAACGGUCAAGAUCACCCCCACCAGUCCAAUGAGGGGUAACUGGGCACUCAUAUAAAACCGACUGCCUCAGGGCACCUCCUGUCCAGGAGAUCGUCCGCUUCUCCUGUCAGGCGUGCACCAGUGGCACUGGUAAACUGCUGAUGAGUCGCUGACCGAUUUCCAGCAUAGCCAGAACGUCUGGAAUAAAGGGCUCAGCUCAGUGUGCCCCAAACAGAGCUGUAGCAGACUAUAUAGGGCGUUUGAUAACAGGGUUGUGGAAGAGCUCGACCAAAUCGUCAGGCCCCACCCUUUGGGAGGGUGGGGAGUUAUUUUAGCGAUUUUCAAAAUCUCUAAAAUACAUUUUUCGACAAUUUUCAACUACUUGAAGAUAUGGAUAUAAAUAUAAUGCAGGGACUGAAUGUGUUAAAGGGAUACUAUAGGCAUCAAAAUAAUUUUAGCUUAAUUAAGCUGUUUGUGUAUAGAUUGUAGCCUCUGCAGUCUCACAGGUCAAUUUUCUGCCAUCUAGGAGUUAAAUCGCUUUCUGUUUCUGUUAAUCAGCCCUAGCCACACCUCCCUUGCUUACGAUUUAGAGCGUGCAUGAAAAAACUGUUAACAUCUAAUCAAUCAGAUGUUAACUUGCUUAGGAGGUUUUUAUCUCCUGCUCUGUAAACUGAACUUUAACACACAGGAGGCUCCUGCCAGUGAAACCUUUUGCGUUAACGGUUACUCUGUCUGCCUGGAGCCAAGAGGAGAAUGUUUAUCCCAGCUUUCUAAUUUUAAAAUCACAACCGUAACACCCAACUUUAUAUCUUUAAUGUAAACGAGGACAGCCGGGAAACCUCAGUUACCGGUCACCACUUACCUAAAUCUGUUUACUGAAACGUAAUUCGCACGUUUCCCUGUCACCUCCAUCCACGUGGCCCCUUUCUAUUCUAUAUCUCUAUAUGAACGUGCAGUCUGGCUUCAUGCUGAUAUAUUCUAAAAGUGAGGAACCUGCUGCUUCCCAUAAUUUCAUUUAUGUUCCGUUUGCAGCCAUGUUCAUUUAUUAUAAUGUUUGUUACGUUUCUAUAUUGUUUGUGUGUUUGUACUGUAAACACAAUAGGCGAUUUUAAUUUAUUCAAAGCCAGUCUAUAAAUACUUUCAUUAGUCCCUGGCCUUAUCUUAUAGUUAGGAUUGCCUUAUGCCUAUCCCACGCAUGCUUAAACUCCGUCACUGUGUUAACCUCUACCACUUCAGCUGGAAGGCUAUUCCCUGCAUCCACUACCCUCUCAGUAAAGUAAUACUUCCGGAUAUUAUUUUUAAACCUUUGCCCCUCUAAUUUAAGACUAUGUCCUCUUGUUGUGGUAGUUUUUCUUCUUUUAAAUAUAGUUUUGUGUAAUCGCGUUAUUGUAAGAGUGUGUUGAAUGUUGAAUUAUUUAACCAUAUGGGUUUGUUUUAGAAUAUUCUUUGGCUUCUCGUUUUAAACCCCCCACAUUCCGUCAAAUUCCAUACAGUGCAUUCUGAUAGUCACCAGAAUAUGAAGCCUGCAAGAUAUAAUUUCAGCAGUUUAAAGGGGAACAGAUUUUAAAAAAAAAAACACUUAUUUACACAUUGAAUUGAAAACCGGACAUUAAAAAAACUUUUAAUCAGGAUAUGAGCUAUUGAUUCCACUUUUGGGAGUACUUGUUGUUAAUAUGAUGAUGGUUUCCCAUUCUAGAACCAUUUGACAGAACAAACACUGCUCGAGCGGUCCACGAGAAGCAGAAAUUUGAUCUGAUCCAGGAAGAAUUUUUGAAAGUGAGUAAACUCAACCAUGACCUGUUGACAUGUUAAUGAUGCAUAGAUCAAAUUUGUGAGAGAGCACAAACUAGUCCCCACCCCUUCCAUUCUGCGCUGUGCAUUGAAAGACCCUAAACAGGAUAAUGUGUCGUAGAAGCAAGCCAAGGCACCAUAGGUUGUAACCAUCAGCAAAGAUCUGUGGAUUUUUACUACCACUAUCAAAACAUGACUUUCACUUCCCAUGCCCUUGCCUUUCUAAGCAUAACGAGACUGAGGCAAUGCUGCGACUCUGCUUUAUAUGUGAUUAACAUUAAUUGAGCAAACCAAGAGUGGGACCACGACAAGGACUCAAAUAACCCUACUCAUAUUUAAGCAGAUCUGGUAAUGGUGAUACACUGUACCCUGGUGUAGGACUUUUACUUCAUUCAAUUAUUCUAUUCUGAACACUAAUGUGCACGUACACACAAAUACUAGCAUCUACAAACCUGCCCCCAAAUACUAAUAUACAGCAACCAACUCAUUGUUAGCCUGCAGAUAGCUGAUAGUGGGCACUAAAUAUGUAAGAGCAGGGUUAACAACACUUCUUUAGAACUUAGAUACCCAGUUUCAAAUCCACCUACCUUAAAUCUUCAUAGAUUGUUAAUAUUCUGUAUGCACUUUAUUUGUUGUCAAAUAUGCCUUUUUAUAAUUGUGCUACCGAAUAUGUUGGCAUUAUGUAAAUGCUAAUAAUGAUAAUUGUUUAACCCCACUCUGAUAAUCUGAACCAAAAAUCCUAGCACUGUGAUACAUUCAUUUAAUGCACAGAGGACAUUUAUUUGCAAACCAAGACCUCAACCUCAUACUGUUGGAUAACCUUUCCAAAUAAUUUCAUAUUAUUGGAUAAACUAUUAAAAUGCUUUUUUUUUUAUAUAUUAUAUAAUUUUGGAAAUGUAUCAAACCAUAUUGAAUUCAUGCCUACGUGGUAAAAAUAGUUAAUCUACAACUAACUGUCUCUCUAAUUUUAGGCCUGGGUGAGAUUGAGGGACAACCGAGAUUUAAACAGCGUGCUACCUGUUCAAAGAAUUAUCGGGAUGCAGAAGAGAUAAGUGUCUUAGAACUGGAUUCUCCUGGAAAAUAGAAUUAAUAUAUAUCAUUUUUUUUACAUUGCAAUAUGCUUACACAACUGAAGACUUGAUUGGACUCUUCAUAUGUUUUUUGUUUUUGUUUUUUUUAACCGCUGCCUCUGAUAAGGUCUUUGUUUUAGUAAAAGGAUUUCAUUUACAAUAUAGCCGUUUUAUUGUAUGUCUGGUAUGGACCACUGUUUGAAAUGCUGGAACAUGAAGUCCUCUAUAUUCACAAACCGCAGACCUUUUGUCUGAGUAUCCAGAUUUAUACUUUUUGUCUUUUUUUUUUUUUUUUCUAUGCUGAACGUGCUAUGAAUUUGCACUACACAUUGAUCAAAUACUACCCCUCUUUUGUCUCGCAAUAAGUGACCUCUCUUCCUGUGUAUUCUACAUGUAUGUAAAAUGUGAUCUAGAAACUGCUUCAACUCCUUAAUAUGUUUACCUCAGACACUGCUGUGUUCUUAAAGGACAACUGUAACCGCAAACCAUUUAAAACUUGCUGAAAGGGUUAUUACAUUAAAAAUAAAGUAUAAGUAGAAUUUUUUUUAUAAUGAAUUACCACAUCCCUACCUUUAAUAUCUGAUCGGAUGCUGCAGCCAUAUUCACACACCUUGGGUCAGACAGUGUUUGAAAAAUGGUUAGUUAGUCUCUAUGGUCUUUCCUGCUUCACUCCCUGCACAGAAAGAGAGCAGACCAUAGAGACUGUCUGACCCGAGGUGUAUGUAUAUGGCUGCAGGAUCCCAUCAUAUAUUAAAGGGAGGGAUGAGUUUUCCUCACACUUUUUUUUUUUUUUUUUUUUUUUACAUAUACUUUAUUUUAGACUUGAUAAAAGACAAUUCGAUUUAAAAAAAUGUUUUUUUGGCGCUGACUGUUGUCUUUUAAUUACGGUUUCCUGAUUCAUUGGAUCUUUUUUUCCACCGAUCCCAGCAGACUUGCUUUAAGUUAAACCAUAGCCUGAAAGAGCUGUAGGCCGUAUGAUUUUGUGUGAUAAUGUGUGAUGUGUACGGAAGCUGCUUGCGUUGCCAUUGGUUACACAUGGUAAUAGAAGGGAUAUCUUUCUAUGCCGCGCUCUCCCCUCCAAUAGUGGUAGUAUGUGUUAUUGCUGCUAAAUAAACAAUCCCCUCCUCCACACUUUCUAUGUAAAUAUUUUGACAUAUGUAUUCUAAUAUAUGUUUGACCUUUUGAGUGCCAGAGGGAUGUAGGUGGCAAAUCCAGGAUAUAUUUUUAACUUUUUUUUUUUUUUCUUUGAAAAACGAGAUUUCUCUUUAUGUUUACGUUCGUUUUGAACACAGUGUGAACAUUUUGUCAUAUUUGUUGUUCGAGAAUAAUCUCUGUUAAAAUGACUGCAUUUUACUUUGGCGUUAACAUGAGGAGUAAGGUAUACUUGUUUUCUUUUUGAUUUUGUUUCCCUUUUUGUAUCGUUAAAUGGAAUAAAGUUUAUGUACAAAAUA